CUCCUACUAUCCCUACAGUAUAUUGUCUGGGGUCUGUAUGGUCGGAUAGGCGGCGGACAUGGCCUUUCUAAUCAAGAGCAUGGUGGGCAACCCCUUGAAGAGUUUUGGAUUAGGAGAAACGAGCGAAGAGAAGACGGAAGGGGCAGAUGCCACUAACCCGGCUGCUGCCCAAGGAAUGACCCAUGAGGAGUAUGAGGAGUAUCAGAGACAACUAGUGGAGGAGCAGAUGGAAAGAGAUGCCAAGUUUGUUCAGAGGAAGGCAGAGAGAGCCAGCCUGAGGGUACAUUUACGGGAAAAAUACAGAUUACCACAGAAUGAAAAAGACGACAAUCAAAUACAGAUGGCCGGAGAUGAUAUAGAGCUACCUGAGGACCUCCAGAAAAUGGUGGCUGAAGAUCAAGAUGAGGAAGAGGAGAAAAGUUCAAUAUUUGGUCACAUCCAAAACAUUCCAAAUAUGGAUGUUGAUACCAUUAAGGAAAAGGCAACAGCAACAUUUACAGAACUGAAACAAGCGGCUGAAGAGAAGUGCUGCGUGAUGUAGCAUUGGGAGGAACUGUAUGGCUUUUAAGAAGGAAGCAGUGAAGGGGGUGUUUGUGGCAGGCAACUCUCCUAACAGGACUAUGUGGGAAUUCUAAUGCCAUACUAAGAUGGUUGAUGAUAAUAAAAGAGUCUUAAAGAGGUUUUGCUGUCUAGGAAUAGGAAAACAUGAUGGCAUUCUUUCAAAAACAGCCCCACACCUUUUCACAGGAAGGGUGUGGUAUUGCAACUAAACUCCAGUCAUGGAGCCAGGCUGCACUACCAGACAUAACAUGUGGCACUAUAUCUGUAAAAAAGAAAAACAGGAUCCAUGGUUUGCUAAUCCUGUACAACCCCUUUAAUGAAAUCUAUACCUUUUCUUCACUCUGUUAUGAAAGUUAUAAAAAUCUUAUCACAGAAAAAAAAUCUACAUUUCCCCUGUAGGAGCAAUAGAACAUAAAGUGGCCCCAGCUGAAAUCUGUAGGAUAUUGACAGACAUUUUGAGUCCUCCAAGUAUGGUUACUUAACUCCUGCUAAAAAAGAUGGAGCUCCUCUCUAUUACAUCCAUAUGUCUGAAACUGGACUACACCUUUUCUCACAGAAGACAUUGAUCAUAUAUUGUCAGGAUAUGCUAUCAAUUCGCAAUCGGUGGAGCUUCUGGGUUCACCAUGCAGCCUCCUGAAAAAGAGUAACGCAAAGCCAAAGAGAUGUGGAGCUUUUCUGCCACUUCUUUCUAGUGACCACAACGGUCAGUUCACUUAAACUUAAAGCGUCCUGGUCAUUUCAGAAAACUUUUGACAUGUCAUAGAGACAUUUAAAAAGUUUUCUUCAAUGGGGAUCUGGAUACUGAAGUAACUCCCAUUUUCAGGAGGCCGCAUUACCUUAACCAAUCAAUUUACAAUCAGUGGAGCUAAUGCAGCUAAGUUAUAUAAUGUAUGUACACAGUGACUCCACCAGCAGAAUAGUGAGUACAGCUCUGGAGUAUAAUACAGGAUAUAACUCAGGAUCAGUACAGGAUAAGUAAUGUAAUGUAUGUACACAGUGACUCCACCAGCAGAAUAGUGAGUACAGUCUGGAGUAUAAUACUGGAUAUAAUCAGGAUCAGUACAGGAUAAGUAAUGUAAUGUAUAUACACAGUGACCCCACCAGCAGAAUAGUGAGUACAGUCUGGAGUAUACAGGAGAAGUAAUGUAAUAUAAUUACAGAAUGAUGCUUUGUAUAAAAUAUUCAACAGUUAAUUCAUUGCCAAGCUUGUGAAAUCUCUGUAUACCAGAA